AUGCCCGUUGAGGCUGAAGGCGAUGUCGCAGGCAAGGCAGUUAUUUCAGAGGAGCUGGAGAUCUGUGUUUCUUCUCCGCGAGAUGACGGACCUUUGGUCCUUGUGACGACGUUCCGCGGCUGGCAUUGUAGAGAAUGGCAGGGAGAGCAGACAGUGACCAUGGUUCCUGGACCGCAGUCCCAUGAAUACGAGCCAGCGGACGACCAUGGAAAGGCAUGUAAGCUGGGGGCGGCUAUUUCUCCGACCGCGUAG